AUGACGACCGCCCGCCCCUCGCGCGACUUCCGCUGGACUUGUAGGAGGAAGCCCUGGCCCCAGGUCGAGGAGCUGCCGCGGCCCCACAAGGGCCCGAAACCGUACAAGGGCGACGAGGCCAUCCACUACUCGGACCGCCUGAACUCGACGUACCAGCAGCGCCAGUUCACGCGCGUCGUCAUGGACAAGCACCAUAAAUUAAUAAGGGAGGCGGUCACGCGCAUGCACGAGGAAACCCACCUGUCGAAGCACCAGUACCGGGUCAUGGACUACUACGACAAACAGCGGCAGAUCCGCGACGCGACGGAUACCCAUGUACCGCGCACCAUGAAGACGGGCAUGUCGGCCAUCGCGCUGCACGGCUGGCAGGCGGGGCUCGAGGCGCACUACCAGCGGAAGGCCCAGGCCGUGCCGACGCUCAACCCGUGGAUCGACAAGCACCUCCAAUUCAAGCGGGACUACUGCAACAAGCGGCGGGCGCGCGCCAAGGCCGUGGACAAGCCGCCCCCGAAGCCCCCUCGCAUCAAAAAGAAGAGCGUCGACCAGCUCCACGCGGAGAUCAUGGCGGGCUGGGAGGCCGUGCCGGGCGGGCGCGCCGCGCCGCGGUCGCCGCGCCUCCACGACCCGGCGCCGCGCCGGCCGACCUCUGCCCCGGCGCGGCGCAGGGCUGCGCGAGAAGCUGCUCGCGCGGCGGCGCCGUUCCCCGCGAUCGACGACGCCUUCGCGGAGGCGAUGCGCGCCCGCGACGCCGCCUCGUUCCUCGACCCCACGUGCUCGCCGCAAGCGCUGAGGCGCGCCCUUGGCAAAAAUGUAAAAUAUCCGUAA